AAGUGAGCUGAGCUGGCCUAGUCUUUUGUGCUGUUGAGUGGUAUUUGGUGCGGUAUCGGCAAAACUUUCUAGUUUCUACCUCUUUUUCGGUCUCAAAUUUGUUAUUUAUAAUUUAAACGAACUAUUCUAGAAAAGUGCGUCUAUAUCUAGUAACACAGUUACUCUACUGUUAAACAGAAAUAAAAUAUUUGUAAAAUUGUUAACAUCCGAACAGUCGGCUCGACGACCACGGAAAAUUCUAGAAUCUGAUAGAGGUUAUUCUCGGAAGGGUUGUUAAAACGCAGUUAUUGUUUUCGGUGUUGAAUGUUUUAGUAGCCUAAUUCACUUAUUGAAAUAUAUAAUUGCACGGUAAAUAUCUUUAUGGAAGAUUUACACAAGAAAAAAUGGGAAGAUCUGAAUUUGUCACGGGAUGAAUUAAAAAACAUUGGUGAGGCUCUUCAGAAAGAAGAAUUCAGGAACCUUUUGAUUGAAUACGCAAAAGAGAUAAAUGAUCCAGACAAUAGAAAACAAUAUGAACAAGAAAUCACUCAACUUGAGAAUGAACGAGGUGUUGAUGUCAAGUUCAUCCAUCCCUCAUCUGGGUAUGUGGUAAAAACUAGUGUAAAUGGAGAAACUAAAGCCUUUAUUAACAUUUGCUCAAAUGACAAUGUGGGAGAGCCUUCUUCGACCCCAGGGUUUGAUGGAGGACAUCGAGGGCUUAAGUGGUCCAUUCCUUACUGCAUGGCUCCACCUAGAGAAGAUUUGGAUAAGAAAAACAAUUCCUGCUUGGUCUAUGAUGUAGUUUUUCAUUCUAAUACAUUGCAUCUUGCUAAGAACAAUGAGGCAUUUAAGAAUCUAGUCAAUAAUACUGCUCUUGAUGCAGUGGAAGAUAGUUUUCAUGUUUCUCUUGACAAGGUCAAUUUGAAAUUUCCAAAGAUGGCUUUUAAAGGAGCUAAGCAUGCUACUGUAAUUCGAAAGAAAAUUGCAAACUUUCAACCGAGUGAUUGUUCAGAAAUACUAAACUAUCCAUACCCCCCUCCUAAAGAAGGCGAAUCCUCAAAAAUGAUGCCUUCAAAAAACACAAAGAUUGAAGAAAAGAAAACUAAAGAUGUUAGCAGAACUAUCCUGCCCGAUUAUACAAUUCCGAAAUAUAGUAUCAAACACCGCAACAGAAUAGAUAUGCAACAUUACACAAAUGAUCCACUUACAAAAAUGUCUAUGACCAUUCCAGACGAGCUCAUUGUAGAGAUAGAUUUACCACUUUUAAAGAACUGUAGUGAUUCCUCAAUUGAUGUUACUGAGAAAACUCUGAUUCUUCAGAGUGAAAGUCCUGCUAAAUAUAAACUUCAGUUGAAUCUACCCUAUGAAGUUGACAGCAAUAAAGGUAAUGCCAAAUUUGACACUGUUAAAAGAGUGUUGAUUGUGACUUUGCCUGUGAUAAAAACUAAAGCUAAACUCAACUCUUUGUUGGAACGUGAAGACAGUGGUGUUGAAAGUGACAUCAACAAUGGAAGGAAUAGCGGUGUAUCCAGCAGUGAUGAUGAUGCUUUGGACAAUGAUCAUUCUACUAUUAGUAGCAAACAACUGACUGAAUCUCCAAAUGAAACCAUAACGCAUGAGAAUAACAAAUCCCCACAAAGAUUUCUCAAACCAAAUAUUCACUAUAUCAUUCCAAACUUUGAAUGUCACCUUGUAAAAGACACUCUUUCUUUCAACAUUCAGAUACCAAAUGUAAACCCUGAAUCUAUUGCAUAUUGUUUCUUAAGUAAAUACCCUGGAUUUCAUUUAACUUUCAUAUCGAUUGGCAAUAGUUUUUUCCCUGUUAACUAUGCAAUGUAUGUUCGAUUGCCUACCCCAAUAGAAAGUGAAUCGUUUCACGUUGAAGUUUGGGAUAACAAUGUAAUUGCUCAAGUCAAAAUCACUGCCUCUUUUGAUGUACAAACGUUUAAAUAUUAUGUAGGCACUGAUGAAAAGGAUGCCAAGACACACUCAUUGAACGAUGAUCUAAAGCAGCACUUGGCUGCGGUCAGUGAAGAGAAAAUAUCAACUCCUGAUAUUCCAGUUGUUCGAGAAACUGAGAAGAGGAAUCUCCCAGACAUUCAGGAGGAACAGAAUGGAUAUAGGAUAGAAAGUUUGCAGAGCAAAAGUGGGAAUAAGGAAAAGAAGUUGAUAAAAGAGAUAAGAGACUUGUCAAUAUCUGAGAGUGGAGCAUCCAGUUUUGAUGAAAGCAGUUCUUCACCAACCCACCAGAAACCCACCAAAUCUCGUACAGUUUCAGAAUCUCACAAUGGGGAACGGCGUAAAUGUCGAGGAAUCUUGAAGAUAGGCCGAAGUUUGUCAGAGUCAAGUGCAGAUGACUAUGCUUUUUGGAAUGAUGAAAAUGGAGAAAAACCCAAGAAAACUGUUCGCUUUAGUGAUGCGAUACAGACUCAAACAUUCAGAAUGAACUCCAGUAUCCUUGGACAGAGAAAAAAGAAUCAGCGAAAAACAAGAAAUAAAAAGCGAGCGAUGGAAAGAAGACUUAGUGAAAGUGGAGGAGAAUCGGAGGGAGAAAGUGAUAUGUCUGUGAUAAAUAACAUCUGGUUGAAAGAGCCAGAGUCCAGCGAUGUGUCGGAAGUGUCGGAUAUCUCAGAGUCGGCAGAAUCAGACGACGGACAAAAAGAGGAUCCGAAGCAGUUUUUGCCGUGCAGCAGCAAACGUAAUCACAAGAGAAGGGGCAAAAAGUCUGCUCGAAAGAGCGCAGCCACUGCCAAAUUUCAUUAUUCAGAAAAUUAGUUGCGGAUAAUCAGUAGGGUGAUCAAUGUGGUUUUUGUAGUUUAUUUUGGUGUUCCAAUCAUUGUUCUAACUUUGGGUUUUGUAAUUUGUGUCCUAAUUUCUAUUUUGGUUUAGAUAGUGAACUGCAUCACUGCACCUUGCUUUCAACACAACCAGUACCUGUUUCGAUGUUUUUGAUAGUGAAUAGAUACUUAUUGCAAUUUUACAAGUACGAAUUUAUAUGGAUUGAUUGUUUAUACCUAUAAAUAAAAGGUUCUAUUGAA